CGAAAAGUCUCCAUCCCGACGACUUCCCUUCCCCUACGGAUUUCCCUCAUCUCUCAGGUCUUUGCUGCUUCUGCUCUGCAACCUGCCCUUCAUUCACCUCUCCCCUCUCCCCUCUUCUUCCCCUCUUCUCUUUUGAAUCUCUGCGACCCCGUUCCGUUCGUCAUCAUGCAGGCCUUCCGCCGUAACACCGUCUCUGCCAUUCGGAAUGCUGCUCCCAUGCAGCGACGAGGCUACGCUCAGGGUGCCUCGCCUUACGCCAGCACCGUCCAGAACCUUCGCAUCAACUCGGAUACCAAGGUUCUCUUCCAGGGCUUCACCGGAAAGCAGGGAACUUUCCACGCCGAGCAAGCUAUCGCCUACGGCACCAAGGUUGUCGGUGGUACCAACCCCAAGAAGGCCGGCUCGACGCACCUUGACAGACCCGUUUUCGCGAACGUGCGCGAUGCCGUGAAGGAGACCGGUGCUACCGCUUCUGCCAUCUUCGUCCCCCCCCCUCUCGCCGCUAAGGGUAUCGAGGAGGCCAUCGAGGCCGAGGUUCCCCUGGCUGUCUGUAUCACCGAGGGUAUUCCCCAGCACGACAUGGUCCGUAUCACGGAUAUCCUGAAGACCCAGAACAAGACCCGUCUGGUUGGCCCUAACUGCCCCGGUAUCAUCGCUCCCGGUCAAUGCAAGAUCGGUAUCAUGCCCGGAUUCAUCCACAAGCGUGGCCGUGUUGGUAUCGUCUCCCGUUCCGGUACUCUGACCUACGAGGCCGUGAACCAGACCACCCAGGCCGGCCUUGGUCAGUCCCUCGUCGUUGGUAUCGGUGGUGACCCCUUCUCCGGUACCAACUUCAUUGACUGCCUCAAGAUCUUCCUCGAGGACCCCGAGACCGACGGUAUCAUCAUGAUCGGUGAGAUCGGUGGUAGCGCCGAGGAGGACGCCGCCGAGUUCUUCAAGGCCAACAACAUCCACAACAAGCCCGCCGUCAGCUUCAUCGCCGGUAUCAGCGCUCCCCCCGGCCGCCGUAUGGGUCACGCCGGUGCCAUUGUCAGCGGUGGUAAGGGUGGUGCCGACUCCAAGAUCUCCGCUCUCCAGGAUGCCGGAGUCGUUGUCGAGCGCAGCCCUGCCGGUCUGGGCAAGGCUCUGCUUGCCGAGUUCGUCAAGCGCGACCUGGUUUAAACGAGAUUUUAGUCGGGUUUUGUUGGUUGAUACCAUGAACCAGAGACUGAGCGGGCGAGAAGGAGCGGGAGAAGGAGAUGGUGUGUGCGUCGCGACCGUGGUGUGAUAACCGUGGAGUGACGAACCAUUUCCUCAGCUCUGGAUUUAUAUUCUCUUGAACUACUAGACGGUCCCUGUUUCUUUUCUUUAUUGUCCGUGUCUAUGAUGACUCCUGUACUUUCCCCCCAUUGUGUUUUUUUCCUACGUUUAGAGAUGUUAGGGAGUAAUUAGUUUCCAUAUGUAAAUUUUUUGUUGUUUAC